AUGUCUAGCUUAUUCCCUCUUGUCUUACAGCAAAGAAGCUCUGACUCAGAAGGGCCAGCCAGUGGUGGCUUCAGCCAGGUGUUCCAGGCAACCCAGCACUGGAGGACCCAGUAUGCCAAGUGCUCCCUGUGCCUCCAGAAGGAAACCACCAGCUCUGAGAUGAGUUGUCUCUUUGAAGAAGCAGUCAAAAUAGAGACGAUUAAGUUUCAACACUUUGUGUCCAUCUAUGGGGUAUGCAAGCAGCCCCUGGGCAUUGUGAUAGAGUUCAUGGCCCUGGAGAAGACACUACCUACCCAUAGCCUCAGGCCACUCAAGUUCCGCAUCAUCCAUGACACCAGCUUGGCCAUGAAGUUCCUCUACAGCUUUAAGCCAUCCCUGCUCCACCUGGACCCUAAGCCAAGCAAUAUCCUGCUGGACAGCAACAUGCAUGUCAAGAUUUCAGAUUUUGGCCUGACCAAGUGGAUGGAGCAGUCAACCCACAUGCAGUACAUCAAGAGAUCAGCUCUGAGGGGCACACUCAGUGGCAUUCCUCUUGAAACGUUCCUGGAGAAUAGCAAGGCUCCAGGGCCUGAAUAUGAUAUACACAGUUUGGGAUUGUCAUUCUGGGAGAUUCUCAUGCAAAAUAAACCAUAUGUAGGGCUCAAUGUGAUGAACAUCAUUAUCUGGGUAGCUGCAGGCAUGAGGGCCUCGCACCCCUUGCAGCCUGUCUCUGCAGAAUGGCCAGAGGAGGCCUAUCAGAUGUUGGACCUGAUGAAACACUGCGAGGACCAAGACCCCAAGAAGAGACCACGCUUUCUAAAUGUGACCAUGGAGACAGAUAUGUUGCUGUCCCUACUCCAGAGUUCUAUGGCAGACCCUGAGUGUGAAGCCCUAGUCCGGAAGGUGUCUUGCAAGCCAUCACUAAGCCAGCCCCACAAGGUGGAUAUGGAGGUCAGAAGGGAAGUCUUGCACACAGUGGUGAGUGACUCCUUGAAGUGGAUCCUACAACUCUCUGAUGGCAAGAGCUUGGCCCCAAGUGAUGAAGAACUACAUGUCUAUGAGCACAAGAUGCCUCCCCUCUACUUCCUAGUGGCCCAGGGCAGUUUGGAGCAAGUGAAGCUGCUGCUGACCCAUAAAGUUGAUGUGGACUGCCAGACGGCGUCUGUCUACAUACCACCCCUCCUUGCCACCCACGGUCAGCAGCCUGACCUCUGUGCCCUGAACCUGGUACACGGUGCUAGUACCAACUUGGUAGAUGAGGAUGGCUAGGUCCCACCGCAUUUUGAAGCCCAGAAUAGGGAUGACCAUAUUGCCCAUCUGCUCCUGAACCAUGGGGUCCUGGUGGAGGCUCAGGAACAUGAGAGCUGGACUCCACUCAGCCUAGCUGCACAGAAUAACUUUGAGAAUGUUGCAUAGCUUCUGGUCUCCUGACAGGCAGGUUUCAACCCACAGGAGGCUGAGGGUAAGAUGCCCCUCCAUGUGACUGCCUGCUUUGGCAAUAUUGGUCUGGUCAAGCUGCUGAUAAGACUUGGGGCUGAACUGGAUGCUCAGCAGAGAAACCUGAGGACACCCCUACACCUGGUAGUGGCGAGGGGGAAAGUAAGAACCAUCAAACACCUGCUAAAAGGUGGGGAAUUCCCUGAUGCCCUUGACCAAGGUGGUUACAGCGCAUUGCACAUGGCUGUAGCCAAGGGUAAGCAACUUGUCUUCAAGAUGCUUCUCAGAUAUGGGGCCAGCCUGGAGCUACCCAUACAACAGGAAGGGACACCCGUAAGCCUAGAAACUUACAAGGGUCACAUGGAGAUCAUCCAUCUGCUGGUCAAGAGUCAUGCAGACCUAGAUGCUCUUGGAAGAAUGCACGGGACUCCCCUGCACAUGACUGACUUCCAUGGGGAGGAGGUGGUGGUGGUGUCACUGCUUCAGGGUGGGGCCAACCCCAAUGCUGCUGAUUAGUCUGGCUGGAUUCCUCUCAACCUGGCAGGGCAGAAGGGGGCCUUCCUGGGCAUCAUCCACCUUCUGGAACAUGGUGCUGAUGUCCAUGCUUGCAACAAGGUGGACUGACCUGCCCACCUGGCUGCUCUCAAGGGCAACAUAACCAUCCUUCAAGUUCUGGUCAAGGCUGGUACCCAACUGGACAUCAAGAAUGGAGUUGGUUGCACACCUCUGCAGAUAACCCUCUGCAGCCAAAAACAGGGCAUAGUGACCUUCCUGGAGGCCAAGGAGCCUUCACUAGCCGUUCUGGGAGUUUCUGAGCCUGGAUCUUAG